AUGACACUAAAGCAAGAUGGCAUACCAAUUCCUAAUGGCAACUCUUCUCUAAUUGACGGUACAAAUCAAGAGGCUAAUAGUGUUUCUGAUAUAUGGAAGAGAACUGAAAAUACCGCUUACAGAUUUUGGGGCGAAGUGCAUUUGAAAACAUUAGGAUCACCAAAUCCUGAAGAGGAGCAGCGAAGAAUAUACAAGAGUCUGGAAUCGUCGAAAGAGGAAUUUGAUAAUGAAGUAAAAACCUUCACUUACGAUUUUGGACGAUUGAUGGCGUCGCGCGAUUACAUACAGCUAGCAGAGGACCUUGCAGGUUUAAAUAGCGAAACAUUUGGUCUUAUGAAAUCAGUUCUUCUGAAGGAACCGCAACAAUUAAACACUAUGAAAACCUAUUCAAACCGCUUACGCAUAUUCAAUAUCGCCGGUUAUAUUCAUGGUACACGGCGGAACAUCAUCAAGCUGCGUACGAACAAGCUGUGA